CAUGCAGAACUUUUAUAAUUCUAAUUCCUCUUAUUACUACCUAGCUAUCAUCUUUCUAUUUUUCCUCAUAAUUUUAUUGAAACAUUUUAUUCAUCCAAAAAAACAUUUACCACCUAGUCCUUUGUCUCUCCCAAUAAUAGGCCAUCUUUACCUUAUCAAAAAUUCACUUCACCAAACAUUAACCUCUUUAUCAACUAAAUAUGGUCCGGUUUUAUACCUCCGUUUCGGGUGUCGAAAUAUGUUGAUUGUGUCCUCUCCAUCCUUUGUAGAAGAAUGUUUCACGAAAAACGAUGUUGUAUUUGCAAACCGGCCACAGAGCAUGCUAGGUGACCGGAUUUCUUUUAACUAUACUGCUAUUUUUUGGGCACCGUACGGUCAACUCUGGAGAGUUCUCCGCCGUCAAACGGCGGUUGAACUCUUCUCUUCAAACAGUCUUCAAAAGUCUUCUUUAAUUCGAAAUGAAGAAACUGGGAUUUUGAUUCGCUCUUUGUUGAAAGCCAGUGACAAGAAUACACGUGGCGGUACUAGGGUUGACUUGAGUUAUUGGGCCUUUACUUUUGUGUUUAAUGUUAUGAUGAGAAUUGGUACUGGAAAAAGUUGUGUGAGUGAGGAAGAUAUAGGAAUGGAAAAGGGGAAAAAGAUUAUUGAAGAGAUGAGGAGUGUUUUCUUUGCAAAUUUGUUGGUUUUAAACGUGUGUGAUUUUUUGCCAAUUUUGAAAUGGUUUGGUUAUAAAGGGAUUGGGAAAAAAAUGGACUUAACGAGUAUGAAGAGAAAUGAAUUUUUAAACAAAUUACUUGACGAAUUUCGACAGAAAAGUAGUAGUAGUAGUGAUCAUGUUGCUAAGGGGAAGAAGGCGACACUAGUUGAAACUUUAUUGUCUCUGCAGGAAUUUGAACCUGAAUUCUACGCGGACGAUCUCAUUAAAAGUCUUCUAAUGGUUUUGUUUGUUGCGGGAACAGAGACCACAUCAAUGACCAUUCAAUGGGCAAUGCGACUUCUGUUAGCUCACCCUAAAGCAUUUCAAAAAUUGAGAUCCGAAAUUGACAACAAUGUAGGGAACGAGCGCUUAUUAAACGAAUCCGAUUUAACUAAUCUUCCUUAUUUACAAUGUGUUAUAAACGAGACGUUGCGAUUAUACCCUCCAGUACCUCUUCUAUUGCCUCACUACUCAUUAGAAGAUUGUACUGUUGGUGGCUACGAUGUACCAAAAAAUACAAUCCUAAUGGUUAACGCUUGGGCCAUUCAUAGGGACCCCGCGUUAUGGGACGAACCUGAAAAGUUCAUGCCAGAGAGAUUUGAGGCUAUGGAAGGGGAAAAAGAAGGAUUUAGUUAUAAAUUUGUACCGUUUGGUAUGGGGAGAAGAGCAUGCCCUGGAGACAAUAUGGGUAUGCGUACUGUUUCAUUGGUAUUGGGUUCGUUGGUUCAAUGGUUUGAUUGGAAAAAUGUGGAAUUAGAUGAAAAUUAUAAGAUGGAUGAAUACUAUAAUUCUAAAGCUAUUGUUUGGGCUCCUUAUGGUUAUCAUUGGAGGGCACUUCGCCGUCUAAUGGUAAUUGAGAUCUUCUUUUUUAAUAGCCUUCAAAAGUCUUCUGCAUUGAGGAGUGAAGAAACUAUAAUCUUUAUUCGCGGUUUAUUUAAAGCUGGUUGUAAUAGGAGUGGUGUGAAAAUUAACUUGAGUAAUUGGGUUUUUAGUUUUGCGUUAAAUGUUAUAAUGAGAGUAGGUACUGGGAAACGUUGCGGAAGUGAGGAGGAGAUAGGAACAGAGAAGGGUAAAGAAAUUAUUGAAGAGAUCAAGGGAUUUUUCUUUGCGAGUGUGUGUGAUUUCUUGCCAGUAUUGAAGUGGUUUGGGUAUAAAGGGAUUGAGAAGAGAAUGAUUUCAGCUCAUAAGAAGAGAAAUGAAUUCUUGAAUAGUUUAUUUGACGAAUUUCGACAGAAGAAAGUUAGUCCUAUUAGUGUUUCGGAGUCCAGUACUGAUGGAAACAGAAAGAAGAAGGGCACACUGGUUGAAACUCUAUUGUUUCUGCAAGAAUCAGAACCCGAAUUCUAUACAGAUGAUCUCAUUAAAUGUGUUCUACAGGUUUUGUUUAUUGCGGGAACAGAGACCACAUCAAUGACAAUUCGAUGGGCGAUGCGACUUCUUUUAGCUCACCCUGAGGCAUUUCACAAGCUGAGAGCUGAGAUUGACAGCAAAGUGGGGAAUGAGCGUUUGCUCAAUGAAUCUGAUUUCACUAAUCUUCCUUAUUUGCAGUGUGUUAUCAACGAGACGCUGAGAUUAUACCCUCCAGUACCGCUUCUGUUGCCUCAAUACUCAUUAGAAGAUUGUACUAUUGGUGGCAAUGAUGUACCAAAAUAUAAUAACGCUUGGGCCAUCCAUAGGGACCCCGAGGUAUGGGAAGAGCCUGAAAAGUUUAAGCCGGAAAGAUUUGAGGGUAUGGAAGGGGAAAAAGAAGGGUUCAAUUAUAAAUUUGUGCCAUUUGGAAUGGGAAGAAGAGCUUGCCCUGGAGCUGCAAUGGGCUUACGCACUGUUUCGUUGGUUUUAGGUUCGUUGAUUCAGUGGUUUGAUUGGGAAAAUGUGGAAUUCGAGGAAAACUUGGAUGCGUGCUAUAAUACUAGAAUCACUUUGAACAAGGAAAAGCCUUUGGAGGCCAUAUGCAUUCCGCGCCAGAAUUGUAUUCGAUUCCUUGACCAGCUCUGAGUUUUUAUGUAUGUAGU